AUGUUGACGCAAGUAGACCCCGAUCAUACCACCCUCAAAUCCAUUAGAAACCAUCUCUUUGACGAUCAUUUAAAGUGUUUUUCAUGUUGCAACACAGAUGAUUGGACAUUUCUUCAGAACUCCAACAGAUCUUCCUUAAAGAUGGAAGAAAACUCGAGCAUUUGUACAGAAUUUCCAUGGGACACAAAUAGCCAGAAGUCGAGCCUGGUUUGUCCAGUUUUGGAUGAUGAAUUUGAAAAGUUGUGGAAUCUUGACUGUUUUGAAAUACCAGACAUUUUAGAUUAUGGCAGUACUGAUGGAAGUCAUUCCGUCUCAAAUUUAUCUCAUAGCCAACACAGCAGGAUUGCAGAAAUAUUUCCCUACACAACCAAAAAAUCCGUUGAAAUUCCGAACACCUUCAACGUAACCCAACAAAACCUUUCUCCAUCCUCCGUUACAUGUGUUUCCAGUAUCAGUCAUAGCACCGAGAGAGAUUUAACUAUGCCCCUAAACUGGGAUUUUUCAACUGGAUACGUGGGUCCGGUUGGUGGUUUGAUAUUUUCCGGUGGGAAGGACAACCAAGUUCCGGUAAAGAUAAACGAGGUUUUAUCUGAUGAUGGAGAUUACACCCAUGCACAACGAAUACCAUCAAUGCAAGGCUUGAGGUACAGAGGGGUCAGACGACGGCCAUGGGGGAAAUUCACGGCUGAGAUGCGAAACCCAGAAAAGAAAGGUUCGAGGUUGUGGCUAGGGACUUACAAGACGCCUGAGGAAGCAGCUAUGGCAUAUGAUCGAGCUGCAUUUGAACAACGUGGGUCUCAAGCUUUGCUUAAUUUCCCACAUUUAAUCGAGUCACAGAACCAAAACCCCGGAAAAUUGAGUAAAAAAAGGGGAGAUUUGAAUACAUUGGAGUCCUCAUCAUCUUCUUUCCCGCCGGAGUCAUCAAAAAACAGGGACAAGAAGAGGAGCAGAUCUAGCCGGAUAUAG